AUGGACUCUGCCUGUAUGAACUCGCUGAUCAGCAAUCAAGCAUUCGAACGUCUUGGCCUGGAAAGGCGCAACGCUAAUAUUCUCGUUAACGGAAUCACUGAUGGGAAUCCCAGCAAGACAACAGGAGCAGUCACGCUGCAGAUAUCAUCGCGAUUCGACGACCGUGUCGUCAUCGUGGUGGAAGCCUUAAUACUAAAAAAAUUGGUUCCGGACCAACCGAGUCAACCGUUUGAAGUCGAUGCUGGUGCCUUAGCCGAGGCACCUCUCGCAGAUCCAAGCUAUAACAAGUGCGAACCGGGAAAGCUGUACGACGGUCGGGGUGUACCCAUUGCGCAAAACUCCGUCUUCGGCUACCUGGUUGGUGGCCACUUCAAUACAUCGCAUGCCGCCGAAGGUCAUGCGGUGCUCAGCUUAACGACAUCAUUGAACCUGGACCAAACGCUCCGGAAAUUCUGGGAGGGCGAUACAUACUUACCCUUCGACUGUACAAAGCCAGAACUGGGCGAAUCGGCUACUGCUGCCAUCCGGCGGUUCAAGGCCAUGGAGCGGAAAUUCAGCAUCGAUCCAGAACUACAGCAUCAUUACCAGCAGUUUAUGACUGAGUAUUUGACCCUCGGUCAUAUGGAGAAGGUACCGCCUAGCGAGGAUGCGGUUGCACCAGAGAAAUCAUUCUAUCUUCCCCAUUACGCCGUGUGGAAGGUGGAUAGUAAGACGACAAAGUUGCGCGUCGUAUUCGACGCCUCGAGCAAGAGUGGUUCCGGAGUGUCACUUAAUGACUGCUUGCUAGUUGGACCGAACGUGAACGAGUCGCUUUUUAACGUAUUCCUUCGCUGGCACACGUACAAGAUCGCCUUUAUCGCCGACAUCGUGAAGAUGUACCGGCAAAUUCUCGUUGCCAGAGAAGAUGCCGAUUACCUACAAAUAGUGUGGCGAAACAGUCCGGACCAGCCACUGGAACAUUAUCGUUUGCUGACCGUUACCUACAGUACGGCGAGCGCAGCGUAUCAAGCUAUGGCGGCUUUGCGACGGGUCGCUGAAGACAACAAGGAAGAACAUCCGCUGGUAGCUGAGCGGAUUCCCCGAAACAUCUAUGUGGAUCAUCUGUUUUCGGGCGCGGAUUCCAUCGACGACGCCAAGCUCCUCCGUAAUGAAAUCACCCACGUUCUGGAGAGCGCUGGCUUUGUCCUGCGAAAGUGGAGCUCAAAUGAGCCCCAAUUGUUGGAGUGCGGUGCAAUUCAAGACGAGCCCUCCGCUAAAUCUACCCUAAGAAGAUGA